UCUUGCCAGAAGUGAGCAGCUACCCCAAUGGUGCACCUGUGGCCAGUUGCUUCACGAUGAUGCCCAAACACAGCGGUACGCAGAGCCAGCUGGACAGAAGUUUCUUCCAAGUCACAACUUCAUCCAACAGCUACACGCCAGGGCAGAAGAUUAGAGUGAAUGUCACAACGAACAACGCCAUGGAAUUUAAAGGCAUCCAAAUUCGGGCUCGGAGAGCGGAUCUCAACUCAGAGGAGUUUAUCGGAACUUUCGACAUUCUGGGCAACACAAACAAACUGACAUAUGUGCGGUGUCAAGACAUGCCACAGAGUAUGGUAACCCAUAGCAACAAUAGCACGGUCUCCUAUGUUUUGGUUGAUUGGUCAGUUAAUCAAAACGUUGGACCAAUUGUAUUUGACGUGACAGUAGUGAAAAGCUAUUUGUACAUUUAUUUUGGCAUCAAAUCAGCAGUGAUAAACCCAGCAGGCACGGGGCCUUUUGUGCAGCCUGUUGUUCAUGCGUCGUCUGUCUCGCCUUUGGUGAGCCCUAUAGACUGGGGUUUGUGCGGGAAAUCCAAGGGCUGUCUGCUCUACCCCCGCUACUGCACUGGAGGGGACUGCAAGGCGGGGGUGAGCUUCUACGUCAACGGAUCCACUGUGAACUUUGAACUUAUGGCUAAAGCUGAUGGCUACGUAUCAUUGGGCUUUUCUGACGACAUGAUUAUGGGAAACGACCAAACUAUAAGUUGCGCUACGUUGUUUGACCGAGUUAGCAUUCAACACGGAUUCAAUCACCUCCAGAAAUACAACAGCAGAGAACUUAAGAAUAAUCUUACACUUCUUGAAGCAGCAAAAAUCAAUGGCAGAAUUUGUUGUCGCUUCUCUCGUCCUGUGACCAUGGCAAUGGAUGUGGCCGUUGAUGAGUCAGAGGACGGUGCAACCAAAAAGUUGACCUUUAACCUUAACAACAAACAUUAUUUGUUUAUUGCAUGGGGAAAAGUAUACACCUUGACUGAUGUUCUGGGUUACCACACUGAAAUGCCUGUGAUCUCGGAGACUGAAAUAAAUUUCUAUGACGUCACCAUAUACAGGGGAAGUGUCAUGCCAAACCUCAUCAGGGCCCAUGCCUCGCUGAUGGCGACGGCAUGGAUGGGCUUCGCGGGUCUGGCAAUUGUUAUUGCCAGAUUUUAUAAAGAUGGCUUCCAGGAUAAGAAAUUUUGUGGAAUAAAAAUUUGGUUUCAUUUACACAGGAUAUCUGCAUUCAUGACAUUUGCACUAACGGUAGCUGGGCUGGUUACUGUCUUGGUCAAGCUAGAUGGCCAAAUCACUCAGAAUGAAUCGGCCUACAACCACAUGUGUCUAGGGUUUACAGUUGUCGCCCUUGUGUGUGCUCAAGUUCUCGCUGGACUCCUGCGUCCAGGUCCCCACCAGAAGCUGAGACCAUUUUUUAACUUUUUCCACCGUUUUCUAGGAUUUACAGCUUUAGUUAUUUCUGCUGCCACCAUCAUCUAUGCCUACAAGAUCUCCAACUUUUCUUAUGAAAUGCAAACAUUUGGUGAAAAAACCAUGGCAGUAUGGGCCGGAGCUUUCACUUGCCUUUUGAUUCUACUUACUGGCUAUAGAUAUUUUGCUGCCAAAGUGAUAGUCGGCAGAUCAAACUCUGACGAAUACAACUUGGACAAGAUGAGCAACAGCCCAGAGCCUGACGAGUCCAGUCCACCCAGCCACAUCCUACUCGCAGUUUUCAUUGCUUUUAUUUUGUCUUCUCUCACUGCCGCACUGGUCAUGACCAUCUUUUUCUAGUUCCCGCUAUCAAACCUGACUUGCUGCA